CUACCACAGUCAACUUUUACUGUGUCAACCAGAGAGAAGAUCUCCCACAGUGCAGCAGGCCAUAAAUAAGCUAAUAUUAGCAAGCUGCUCACAAUCCUUUCUAUUGGUUCAAGUUACUCGUCCAUCAGGCACAAAGUAUGUAGGACUCAAGCUGUCAAGGAAAAAAAAACCAGCAGUGUCUUUGACUUGUACAAUAAUGUGCCCGUUGAAGAAUCUGGUUGGCAUUCUCUUUGGUGUGUCACUUUGUCUUCUACGUGCCUUGUCUUCUGGGAGGUUCAUUAGGGCACCUCUAAAUAAAGAUCUAAUGGACGGAGACAUCAGAAAAGAGGUGGAAAAGGCACUGGAGCAGAUGGACAAGCCCACCUUCCAAGGAUGGCACCCAGACGAGGUCAAACAGGCAGUCCCCAGACUCCACGUUGGUUUGGUUGAAAUGUGGCUUCACUUGAGGAACCUUAAACGAGAGCAAAGUGAGAUGUUUAGGAGAACAAAGAGGAUCAUUAGCAGAACUGCUGCUUCUCUCCAAGAAGUGGGACAGAGGGUGUCGGAACUCCACGACCGCUUGCCACCACGGAUAGAGGCCAUUGAGCAGCAAGUAGUCAGGAUUCAGGGGAAGGAGGAGAGCGCAGAGAGAAGCGACCAGCAAGAUUCCGUCAAUGGAACCCAGUUGUGCAAGACUGCAAAUCAUAUGCCUUUCCAUUUAAACCAGGACAACACCACAUGCCCAGAUGGCCAGAGACCAGUCGGGAACACGGUGUGUAAAAUCCAAUGUGCCGGAAGUAAACGGGACAAAAUCGGCCUUCACAAACUCUCCCACAAAGUGGCCACACUGACUGAGUUACUGAACGGCCACAAUGAGCUCUUGGUGGAACUGUAUGAAAGACUGACUGCACUGGAAAUGCUGCAAAUCUCACAAAGAGGGGCAACGCCACCUGCAUAAUAAUACAAUUCUGCAUGAAGAUUUUAGACAACUGUCCAAUAUACACGAUGAUGAUAAAUGCUCAGUUGUUUCAGUUACGUGUAAGAAAGUGUACAGCUAAUAAAGGCAGUAUCUGUUUGUACUCCU